GCCAAGAUUUUCAGUUGCAGGAAUGUCCAUUCAACAAAGGAGCAUGUGAUCUGGCAGCAACAAGGUACCCCCAGCUUAUCUGCUUCCCCUUUAAAUUAACUUCGUUUAUUGCAGCAGCAAAGCAAUUAAGCAUUUACCCUUUUUACCGGUAUGGAGCACUCCGAGCCGGAUCAGCAGCAGCCACUAUUGCCGGCUGCUGCAGCCGCCACUCUGUCGUCGGAGGAGGUCGAACUGAUCUUGGCUCACGAGCCCGUGGGCCUGCACCGCUACUGUGGGCUCAUCGCCUGGGAAUCCAGGCUGCUCUGGCUCCUGUCUGGCUCUUCCAUUGUCGUCGCCAUCUGCAAUUACAUGCUCAGUUUCGUCACCCUCACGUUCUCCGGCCAUCUGAGCGCCGUCGAUCUCGCCGCCGCCUCUAUCGCCAUGGUCGGCGCUCAAGGUCUCGCAUACGGGAUCAUGUUAGGCAUGGCAAGCGCGGUGCAAACUGUAUGCGGGCAAGCCUACGGAGCGAAGCAGUUCGGCUCUAUGGGCAUAGUAUUGCAAAGAGCCAUAAUCCUUCACCUGGGAGUGGCCGUUCUGCUCUGCUUCGUCUACAUCUUCUUCGGAGAGAUCCUGGAAGCUGUCGGGCAGGAAGCGGCCAUCGCCGGCAGAGGCCAGACCUUCGCGAGGGGCAUGAUCCCGCAGCUCUUCGCCUUCUCCAUAAGCUGCCCAAUGCAGAGGUUUCUUCAGGCACAGAACAUCGUCAACCCUCUGGCCUGCAUGUCGUUCAGCGUCUUCCUGCUCCACAUCCUGCUCUCGUGGCUCGUCGUCUACGUGCUCGGCUACGGCCUGCUCGGCGCCGCUCUCACGCUCAGCUUGUCUUGGUGGAUCCUGGCUUUCCUGCAGGGCAUCUACAUACUCUUGAGCCCCUCUUGCAAGAAGACUUGGACCGGUUUCGCCAUUGGAGCUGCCUUCCGGGGGCUUUGGCCUUACGCCAAGCUCACCUUCGCUUCUGCUGUCAUGCUCUGUCUGGAGAUAUGGUACUUCCAAGGGCUGAUAUUCAUAUCAGGCUUCCUGCCAAACCCUACAAUCGCCCUCGACUCCCUCUCCAUUUGUCUGAAUUACUGGACGUGGGACAUUGAGUUCAUGCUGGGGUUGAGCGCAGCAGCCAGUGUUCGAGUGAGCAACGAGCUGGGAGCAGACCAUCCAACGGUGGCAAGAUUUUCAGCGGUGGUUGUGCACUUGUCGAGCAUUCUUCUCAGCAUACUUUUCAGCGCCAUUGUUCUGAUAUUCCGUGUUGGAUUAAGCAAACUGUUCACAAGCGACGAAGAAGUCAUCUUAGCCGUCUCAGACCUGACCCCAUUGCUCGCCAUCUCCGUCUUGUUAAAUGGCAUCCAGCCCAUUCUUUCUGGCGUUGCAAUAGGAACAGGACGGCAAGCAAUUGUGGCUUACGUCAAUCUGGCGGCUUAUUACAUUAUUGGUCUUCCAAUAGGAUGCGUCCUGGGCUUUGUGACUUACUUGGAAGCCGCUGGAAUCUGGUGGGGUAUGAUAACAGGAGUGGUUCUACAAACAGUGACUCUAAUCAUCAUAACAGCCAGAACAAACUGGACAGCUGAGGCUGAAAAAGCUGCUGAUCGGUUGAAGAAAACAGCAAAUGCGGCCCCUAGAGAACAAAUCGACGGUUCUUCUGCAGAAGCUUUGCCAACGAGCAGCCUUCUCUGUUGACAACUCCUCUUCUGCCCACCCUUUUGGCAAACCUUCAAUUUGAAGUUUGAUUCUCACAUAUAGCAAUACAUGUCUUAUAUGCAUGGACUCUAAUUUCUAUGCAACGACUGUUAGAUGAGUUAAGAUGUAUUCAAAUGUGUGGUUGAGACUUGUGAGUUCAAUUUAAAGGAAAUGAAUUUUGGCAAGUGAUUUUAAUUGGUUCUCAGAUAAUAUAAUUACUG